AUGCGAGACUCACUUCUUCCUGACGUGCUGAACAACGACCAACGGCAGGGUUUUGAAGGAGAGGAAGAGAGAAAGACUGUCUUAAUUAACGCUGAACAGCAGAGAGCAUGGAUGAAAGGCCAGGAAGGGGGUCUUCAAUAUGUCACUAGCAACAUAGCUCGAGAUAGACAGCCAAAAUGUAGGCUAAGUAUUGCGGUUGGAAGCAUGAAGAUGGAACAAGCCCCGCACCCCGGAUUGUCAUUACUUUGUGCGCGCCGCCAGUGUACCGACAAUGGUGCUUGCUGGGUACCAUCCGUGCGGCAGGGGACGCUAGAAGAUAAGACAAUCAACAGCGAGCAAUUGAAAUCAGAUUCACGACAUGUGAAAAGCGCGGAAGGAUAA